AACAUCAGAUUUCUAUGCUUUCUCUAUCUCAAUUUCCUCCCCAAUUUCUCUCUAGAUUUAUAACACACGAAUUUGCUUUCAAAAAUACCAGCUGAAUUCUCUUAUGAAACCUAGCCAAACAAACACAGGGAAAAAUCAUAUUUACGAAUUCGGAUCGGAAACACGCGGUGAAGGCGUUGGAUCGUCUGGGAGUGAGGGACUGCUUCGAGCAGAUCAUAUGCUUCGAGACGAUGAACCCGAACCUGCCGAGUUCGACUCGGCCUAACGAGUUUCCGGUGGUUCUGAAGCCGUCCAUGGAGGCCAUGGAGAUCGCGCUCCGGGUCGCUGAGGUGGAUCCUCGUCGUACCCUGUUUCUCGAUGACAACAUCCGUAACGUCGCUGCCGGGAAAGCCGUGGGUCUACGCACCGUUUCGCUGAACAAAGUGUUUCGUCGAUCAAGACUGAUGCAGAAGCAUUUUGUUCUAGUACAUGGGGCUUGCCAUGGCUCCUGGUGCUGGUACAAGAUCAAGCCAAGGCUAGAGUCUGCUGGUCACAGAGUCACAGCCUUGGACCUUGCAGCUUCAAGGAUCAACACGAAGGCCAUACAAGAUGUUCACUCUUUAGCAGAGUAUUCUGAGCCUCUGUUGGAGUUUAUAGCCUCACUUGGUCCAGAAGAAAAGGUGAUCCUUGGAGAGCAUCAAUUUCAUCUUGGGGCACCUUGGACUCUGCAAACCUCACCAAGCUGAAGCUGCAGCUUAGCACAGUAACCAAUAAAACAAAGAGGCUACUGCUCUUAGCCACCAUGGUGAUAAAGAUUCAAGAUUUGGAACAAAACCCUUGGCUUGUGAAGGAACAGUGGUGUGCAGCCACUGAUAUGAUAUGAUAUUCUAGCUGACAGCUUCUCAAUUUGAGCUUUGAAGAAGCCAGGCUAGUCAGCAAUGCAUGUGGUUGACAUUUGACAGAAUGCAAUGCUUUAAAAUUUCGACAAGUGAUUGCAAGUAAAAGCAAUGUUUGAACUGCUUUGGAAACCCACUUGGCGAGGCUGUGGCUGCGUGCGUGGACAACCCAGGGCACUGGAGAUCGAGCCUAGUGGGAUACAGCAAGGAAACAUGUGAACACCCACGAGAGAAUAGAGAACCCACUGGAAAAAAAAAAAAUCUUCUGCAUCCUUAUCUUUCAAUUACUUUAGUAUUAUCCUACACUAUUUAACUUACUCUGCAGGUGGAAAGGUAGUAGCAAGCUUGAUAUCCAUCAUUUUUUGCAUAUUUUAUGCUAUAUAGCUAGUAUAUUAUUAUAUUAUUUCAUCAUGGUUUUGAGAAGAAUCUAUACUAUUUAAUAUCAAUAUAAGUGCAUGUGUGCAAAUUACAGGUGGAAAGCUUUUGAUUUGAGAGACAA